AAUGGCAGCAGAGAUUGGGUAUCCUGAUAAGAACGUAAAAUUAUCAACGAUUUGGUAUUAUAUUGAAAAUGGGAAGACAUGUUCAUUGGAGAGUAUUCUAUGUUAUCAUCCUAAUAAAAUUAAAUCAUACGAUUUAGCAACCUGUAUAAUAAAAUUAGCGUUGAAAGCCGAUUCUGAUGAUUAUAUAGACAGCGAAAUAGAGAGAAUUUUCUAUUUACUCUGUACAACAUGGAUUCUAUUAGUUAUUAAAGAUCCUUACGUUCAGAAUAGUUUUAAAGAAAACGAAAAAGGAAUCAAAAUACCUGUACCAUUUAAAGUCAGAGAUUUUAUAGCUGCUUGGUUUCAUUCUGCUUUUAAGGAAAUAAAAGAACAUUUCAGAGAAGAGAAACCUCUAUUUAAAAAUCUGCUUAAUUUAUUAGCAAUAGCACCUAAACAGGUGACUAAUGAGACGAUCAGGAAACUUUGGCCCUUGUAUUUUGCAAAUGGGACACUCCUGUAUGGUAUUAGAGAUAAGGCGUUAAAGGAGAACGAUCAAGUUAUCUUAAUGAUUAUUAGUAAAUAUGACGAGAAAAUAUUUCAUUCGUAUGCCGUGCUUUCAACAGCAAUUUCCAAAGAUACUCAGUCGGAUGACAGCAGAAGAGGAUGGAAAAGAUCAGCCAAUGGGAAUUUAUGUUUAAAAGAUAGUAUUAAAAUGUUUAAGGCAAAAUAUUUUAAUGCAGUUUUAAAAUCUGAAAACGAAAGAGAAAUUGAAGUCAACUGUUUUAGAUCUAUUGUUAAAAUAACUACACUGCUGAUAGGAAUUCUUCAUCCAGACUUUUUAAAAAAGUUCAUCACUUGGAUUCAUCGGGAGAAAAUCUACAAUCAUCUUUGGGAAAUUCAAUUAAUAAAAGCAUGCCUAAAAGUUAGGAAAAUAAAAGUUGAUUUAUCAAUAAUUUCACUCAGAGUCAUUACUGAAACUCUACUUUAUUUUCAAAGCAAAAAAUUAUGGUACUCUACUUAUCAAAAUCUUCUAUUCUUAGCAGUUAGGUGUGGAUUCUAUCUUGAUGAAUUGCAAAUUCCAGAAGAGAAUUUACAAGGAAUAGCUAGUCAUUUUCAAUGCUCCAUUGAAAUGCUGUUAAGUGAUCGUUCUUAUUAUAGACUCAUGAAAAAAUUGGGAAAUGUUGUAUCUCCUUUAUCUUUAAAAACUAUAGCAAUUUAUUCUAUCAGAAAGAGCAUAAAACCGCCUUUCUCUAUAAAUUUUGAACGUUUAGGAGGUUAUGAUAUCUCUCCAGGAAUAUUUGACCUUCUAAAAAUUAUUGACAUAGAAGAUGAUACACAGAACUCCAAAACACGAAACGAUGUUGUGAAUAAUUUUGAUUGUUUGAGAAACAAAACUAAUAAAAUUUUUACGAUUAUUUGA